UACGCAGACCGGGAAAAAUGCGGGAUGUCCAACAAAGACAUGGAGAAGGGGUCACAUGUGCGAGCCGGGAGGGUGCUGGACGGCGCAGGCCAAGGCUGGGGCACUGCAGACCCGUCUGAGACUGAGCCAGGCGUAUCGUCAGGCAUCACUUCCUCCGAGAAGCCUUCCCCUUAGGCUGGGCGGGCGCCCAGAGUUGCCACUGUCCCCGCAGGGUUCAGUGCGUUUCGAAACUUCCCGGUGACACAUCUGCAGCCCCCAUUGCACCUUGAAGCUAGGAGUGCUUUCCCGAUCCCCAGCGCGCGGACCAGCAGACGUUCUUUAAAUGUUUGUCCAAUGGAUAGAAGACCAUGAGCUCGAUUUUAGCGGGAGGUGGGGACAGGGAAAGACACAGGGUGGGGUUGAGGGUUUCCUUAAGAAGAGUGCCACAAUCAGGUGUGCAUUUCAAAAAGCGCGCCUUUGCCGAGUAGAGAGGAGGGCCCACGGAGACCCUCAGACCAGGGACAAUAGAGGGAUGAAGGCGGACCCAGGAAAUCGGUCCCUGAAAGCAGGAGGAGUUUUUGUAAUGUAGGGGUAGUCACACUUCCCUACCUUUGCUGGGGCGGUUCCUUUCACUCUGAACGAAGCUUCCCCUGGUCAUUUUCAUUUAUCUGUCUAUGGAAAUCCUGAUUGUGCACCUCCUCAAGGGAGCUCUUCUGGUUUCCCCAGUCACAGAUUAUUGCUCCCUCUCUCUCCCCCUCGGAACACACUUGUCCAGCAUGUGACCAUAAGGACACUGAACGACGUCCAAAUUCCAGGGCCUGUGUGAGGCACUCCCUAGUCAACAGCUGGAUGGAUCCUGUGCAGCCUGUUGGUGAAAAGAAGCGUGCGCGCCAGUAGUGCAGAAAAGACCUGUGAGCCCACGAUGCCUCUGGACCAACUUCGCAUGUGGCUGAGUGCUGUGGCCUUUGGACUCCUGCUUCUCCUUAUCCCGGGCCAGGGCCAGGACUCUACCAGCCCCAUCCGGACCACACGCACGGGGCAGGUGCGGGGGAGCCUCGUCCAUGUGAAGAACACUGAUGUGGGGGUCCACACCUUCUUGGGAAUUCCCUUUGCCAAGCCACCUGUAGGGCCACUGCGGUUUGCGCCCCCGGAGCCCCCGGAAUCUUGGAGUGGUGUAAAGGAUGGGACCUCCCACCCAGCCAAGUGUCUGCAGGACUUCACUAGCAUGCAAAAAAUGAUUCUGAAACUGCGGAAUGUGACCCUGCCUUCUACCUCCAUGUCUGAAGACUGCCUGUACCUUAACAUCUACACACCUGCCUAUUCCCACGAGGGCUCUAACCUGCCUGUGAUGGUGUGGAUCCACGGUGGCAGCCUCACCCUGGGCAUGGCUUCCAUGUAUGACGGCUCCACACUGGCGGCCUUGGAGGACGUGCUGGUGGUCGUUAUCCAGUACCGCCUGGGUUUGCUGGGCUUCUUCAGCACUGGAGAUGAGCAUGCAACUGGCAACUGGGGCUACCUGGAUCAAGUGGCCGCACUGCGCUGGGUCCAGCAAAAUAUCGCCUACUUUGGAGGCGACCCUGGCCGAGUCACCAUUUUUGGCACAUCUGCGGGUGGCAUAAGCGUGUCUUCGCAUGUCGUGUCCCCCAUGUCCAAAGGACUCUUCCACGGUGCCAUCAUGGAGAGUGGUGUGGCCUUGACACCCGGCUUCGUCACCAAAUCAUCUGACAUGGUCUCCACAAUCACAGCCAACCUGUCUGCCUGUGGCCAGGUAGACUCGGAGUCCCUGGUGGACUGCCUGCGGCGCAAGAGUGAAGAGGAGAUUCUGGUGAUCAACAAGGCCUUCAGCACCAUCCCCGGCCUGGUAGAUGGGAUCUUCCUGCCCAAGCACCCCCUGGAGCUGCUGGCCUCUGCCGAGUUUCACCUUGUCCCCAGCAUCAUUGGUGUCAACAAUGAUGAGUACAGUUGGAUCAUCCCUAUGGUCGUGAACAGUUCUGACAUGGAAAUGGACAGAAAGACCAUAAAGGAUGCCCUGCUGAAAAUAUCAAAAAUAGUGGUGAUGCCUCCUGAGUUUGGCGACCUGUUGAUGGAGGAGUACACAGGGGACAAUGAGGACCCCCAGACCCUCCGAACCCAGUUCCGUGAGUUGAUGACGGACUCCCUCUUCGUGAUGCCUGCACUCCAAGUGGCAAAGUUUCAGCGUUCCCACACCCCCGUCUACUUCUACGAGUUCCAGCAUUCGCCUAGCUUCUUCAGGGACUUCAGGCCGAGCUAUGUGAGGGCAGACCACGGAGAUGAGGUUUACUUCAUCUUCAGAAGUCUUUGGGGAAGCAGCCACUUCCAGCUCACUGAGGAGGAGAAGCUGCUGAGCAGGACGAUGAUGACGUUCUGGGCCAACUUUGCUCGAAAUGGGAACCCCAACGGCGAGGGUCUGCCCCACUGGCCCCUGUUCGACCAGGAGGAGCAAUACAUGCAGCUGAACACGAAGCCUGGGGUGGGCCGGGCCCUGAAGGCCCACAGGGCCCAGUUCUGGAUGAAGACCCUACCCAAGAAGAUACAGGAGCUAAUGGAGGCCAAGGAGAAGCACACAGAACUGUAGCUGUGUCUGGGGGGGGGAGGGGGAGGGUUAGGGGCUUGCAUGUAGGUGGGGGUCUGCAGGC